AUGUUUCACAUCGCCUCGACGGAGUCUACCAUCAAGAGUAUGACCACUGAACACGAGGAACUCCUGAAGAACAGGGAGGAAGACUUCAUGUACGCGACGGCUCCGGAAAGGCGCGAGGUUCACCAGUACGAGGAGAAGUGUGCGGACCUGCAGCGAAUCUUGAUGUCCUCGGACGUAGUCGAGCGAGAGCAGAAGGUCCUCCAGGCAAGACUGGCGGCUCUCCGUGUGGACGACGAAAAGGAGGAAGUGGCCAACGCCCGAGAGAUGGAUGGCCUCAAGCGCAACCUGUUUAACGUCAGGAACGAUCUCGAGAACGUUUUCCGGACAACCCUCCACGACCUGAACAUGUCUUAUCAGGAACAGGCGUUCGAUGCUAUGGUGGAAGAAGCUAUCGUAGCGAGGGGGGAGCUGCCGACCCUGCGAACGGACCUUCGCGUGAAGACGAGAAACGUGAACCGCGUCAUGGCCGAGCACUGUCGGAGCUUCCAGGGUGCGGGGUGUGCCAAGGUCGAGCGGGAUUUAGCCGACACCUUCGUCAAGCUGCAGGCGAAGCGCGGGGAAAAGCUGCGGCAAUCCGUUCGAAGUCAAAAGGAGGUUAUCGUGAAAGAGCAGGAGGAAAUGAAGGAUUUAGGGAAUAGGCUGGAGGAGUUUCAGGCAGAAGCGGGCGAGCUGACCAAGGCGGCGGCCGAGCUCCGGCAGGCCCGGGCUGAGUCUGCCCGUACACACGAGGAGUACCUCCACGCGCGAAGGUGGGCGCACACCCUGGCCAAGAAGGGGCCCAAGGCUCUAAAGGCGGAGCUGAAGCGUCGGCGGCUGGCCGCUCUCACCGCCGCCACCGUCGCGUCUUUCAAGGCCAGCCGAAGGGAAGACUCGGGCUUUUCGUGCUCGCCAGACGAGGGCGACGGUGGUGGUGCAGAUAGCGCUUCGCUUGGGUCUUCCCUCCCAGAUAGUCCUGACGACGCCGCCGCGGUCAGCUGCGACGCGAGCAGCGCCGGCGGUUCGUCUUCAGACGGAAGGGGCGAAGAGAGCGAGGUUUGCAGCAGGAACGGGGACGCACGAUUAACCGAUGCCGACGCCGGCACAAAUCGCGGUGUAAGUAACGAAGACGAUGACGAGCACCGGGCGGUUGCCACUACCGCCGCCACCGCCGCGGGCGAUUUCUAUCGUCCAACCGCUAUCUUGGACGGCGGCGCCGUUGCUACGGCACCCCCUUCCGCCGAGAGAAGAGACACGCUUACCCUGGUGUCCGGUAUGGAAAUAGGGGGCUUAGGCGUGGACGCUGACGCCGCUGCUACUGGUUUCAGCAAGCUGUUCAAGACGACAAAACCGGAAAACAACGCCACGGGUGUGAUCGGCGACGUUCCAAGGAUCGACCGCCGCCUUGCUGCCGCGUCUGAGAGGAUAUGGAGGGCGAGCCUGUCGGGGAACCACGACAUCAACAACAGCUACCACGAGCAUGGGCGACGAAACGGUGGCGGAAGGGCAGAGGCCAAGGAUGCCUCGAAAGCGGGCGUUGUGCCCGGCGGCGUCAGGGAUGAAGUGCCGUCCACGGACGGGAUGGGUUCGCUUCAGGCGGAGGGACACUGGCAACGACAAGCCCCCCCGCGUCUGCCCAGCGGGAGCACCCCCCCUGCAACAAGCUACCGCCCGAGGUGCUCGCGAGCAUGCUCCUCUCCGAUCACGAGGAUGGCAUCGGCGGGAAGGAGAGGAUAG